GGCUGUACACUGCAGGCAUCAUGAAGAUUUUCUCCCCGUUCAUAGCGAGCUUCAGGCGACCCGUUAAAGUCGUUCUGCUGCUCCUCUUAUGUGUGGGAUACUCCCGCGGGAUGCCGCACGUUUUACGAUUCGGAGGGAUAUUUGAAUCUAUUGAAUCAGGGCCGUCUGGAGCUGAGGAACUAGCCUUUAAGUUUGCUUUAAAUACAAUCAACAGAAACCGAACUCUACUGCCAAACACAACACUCACAUACGACAUCCAAAGGAUAAACAUCCACGAUAGUUUCGAGGCUUCCAGAAAAGCCUGUGACCAGCUGUCUCUCGGAGUGGCGGCUAUUUUCGGUCCCUCUCAUAGCUCUUCAGCCAACGCAGUCCAGUCCAUCUGUAAUGCGCUGGGAGUGCCACAUAUCCAGACCAAAUGGAAACACCAAGUGUCAGACAACCGGGACUCAUUCUAUGUUAGUCUUUACCCGGACUUCUCCUCCCUUAGCAGAGCCAUCCUGGAUCUGGUCCACUUCUUCAAGUGGAGGAUGGUGACCGUGGUGUACGACGACAGCACAGGUCUGAUCCGGUUACAGGAGCUCAUUAAAGCCCCCUCUCGUUACAACAUCCGGUUAAAAAUCCGUCAGUUGCCAGCAGAAACGAAGGACACUAAGCCUCUUCUUAAGGAGAUGAAACGAGGAAAAGAGUUCCAUGUGAUCUUCGAUUGUGGCCACGAGAUGGCUGCUAACAUUCUCAAACAGGCUUUAGCCAUGGGGAUGAUGACGGAGUAUUAUCACUACAUUUUUACCACACUGGAUCUCUUUGCACUGGACGUAGAGCCGUAUCGCUACAGCGGUGUUAACAUGUCUGGCUUCCGCAUUUUAAACACUGAGAACAGCCAAGUGGCCUCCAUCAUUGAAAAAUGGUCCAUGGAGCGACUCCAAGCACCUCCCAAACCGGACUCUGGCUUAUUAGACGGGUUCAUGACGACGGACGCAGCUCUGAUGUACGAUGCCGUGCACGUGGUGGCUGUAGCUGUACAGCAGUCUCCUCAGAUCACUGUCAGCUCUCUCCAGUGUAACCGGCACAAACCCUGGCGCUUCGGCAACCGCUUCAUGACUCUGAUUAAAGAGGCCCACUGGGACGGUUUAACCGGGCGGAUAAAUUUCAACAAAACCAACGGCUUACGGACAGAUUUUGAUCUGGAUGUGAUCAGCCUGAAGGAGGAAGGACUGGAGAAGAUUGGAACAUGGGAUCAUGUAAGUGGCCUGAACAUGACUGAACAUCAGAAGGGAAAAAUGGCAAAUGUCACAGACUCACUCACAAACAGGACGCUGUAUGUGUCAACAAUACUGGAGGAACCGUACGUGAUGUUUAAGAAGUCGGACAAGCCCCUGCAUGGUAACGAUCGCUUCGAGGGCUACUGCAUAGACUUGCUGCGAGAGCUCGCCAGCAUCCUGGGAUUCAUCUACGAGGUGCGGCUGGUCGAGGACGGCAAGUACGGGGCUCAGGAGGAGAGCACAGGCCAGUGGAAUGGCCUGGUCCGAGAGCUCAUCGACCAUAAAGCUGAUCUUGCAGUGGCUCCUCUGGCCAUCACCUACGUACGGGAGAAAGUCAUCGAUUUUUCCAAACCCUUCAUGACACUGGGGAUAAGUAUUCUGUACCGCAAGCCCAACGGCACCAACCCGGGCGUGUUCUCCUUCCUCAACCCUCUCUCCCCUGACAUCUGGAUGUAUAUUCUGCUGGCUUACUUGGGUGUCAGUUGUGUGCUGUUUGUCAUAGCCAGGUUUAGCCCCUACGAAUGGUAUAACCCCCACCCGUGCAACCCUGACUCGGACGUUGUGGAAAACAAUUUCACCCUGCUUAAUAGUUUCUGGUUCGGAGUUGGAGCUCUCAUGCAGCAAGGAUCUGAACUCAUGCCCAAAGCACUUUCCACCAGGAUAGUAGGAGGCAUCUGGUGGUUCUUCACCCUCAUCAUCAUUUCCUCCUACACAGCCAACCUGGCUGCCUUCCUCACUGUAGAACGAAUGGAGUCUCCCAUCGAUUCGGCCGAUGACCUGGCCAAGCAGACCAAGAUCGAGUAUGGAGUGGUGGAGGACGGCGCCACGAUGACCUUCUUCAAAAAAACAAAGAUCUCAACCUACGACAAGAUGUGGGAGUUUAUGAGCAGUCGCAGGCAUUCAGUCAUGGUGAAGAGUGUGGAGGAAGGCAUCCAGCGGGUACUCACCUCAGAUUAUGCCUUCCUAAUGGAGUCCACCACGAUCGAGUUUGUCACCCAGCGGAACUGCAACCUCACACAGAUCGGCGGCCUUAUUGACUCUAAAGCGUAUGGAGUUGGGACUCCUAUGGGCUCUCCGUACAGAGAUAAGAUCACAAUAGCAAUCCUGCAGCUGCAGGAGGAGGGGAAGCUGCACAUGAUGAAGGAGAAGUGGUGGAGAGGGAACGGCUGUCCGGAGGAAGAGAGUAAAGAGGCCAGCGCCCUGGGUGUGCAGAACAUUGGAGGAAUCUUCAUUGUUCUGGCUGCCGGACUCGUCCUGUCUGUCUUCGUUGCAGUCGGAGAGUUCCUGUAUAAAUCUAAACAAAAUGCACAACUUGAAAAGAGGUCCUUCUGCAGUGCCAUGGUGGAAGAACUGCGGGUGUCCCUCAAGUGCCAGCGCCGGCUCAAACACAAGCCUCAGCCACCCGUCAUGGUCAAAACGGAGGAAGUAAUCAACAUGCACACCUUUAACGACCGGAGAUUACCAGGCAAAGAGACUAUGGCUUAAAUCAGACACUUUCUUUCUCUUUCUCGAUACGGAAAAGAGAACAAAUGAAUGAGUGGUAGGGUGGGACAAUAGCUACAUUUAUACAUGGGUGGGGGAUUAGCAGGAUAAUUGUUCAGAGUGGUAAAUAUCAUCAUUGUUUUACAGCAAUUAGUUAUUCGGUGAAGAAAAAAAAAGUGAAACAUAUUUCCUGUGGAAAUAACUUGAUUCUGGGAAAAAUUUAAGUGCGUUACCUCAUCAUUCCUGCCACCAGGGUAUGGACUGAUUGGUAUUGGGGUUUGGGAUAAAAAAAAAAAAGAAGGAAAUACCGAGACAGAUAAGCAUUUGUUGCAGAAGAUGGACUGUCCCUUUAUUAUGUUCACGUUAGUUUAGGUUUGUGAAUCUGUAAUCUCUCUGGCCAACCUAACGAUUCUCAGUCUAGAGGCCACAUAGAGAAUAGUCGAGUACAUUAACAUGACCUAAGAGACGUUUGCAGUCAGUACACAAAACGGGGGAAUUUAUGAUCACAUGGGGAAAACUAUAACAUGUUAUAACAAGUGUACAUUUCUGCUUUUUUACCAUUACAAAUGCAUUGCACAGACCCAGUUGAAUUAAUAGUAAACAUAUAUAAACAUAAAUCUUGAAAUACUCUAUAAGACAAAAGUAUUGGGACACCCAUGAAACCUGAAUUCACGUGUUUCAGCUAUGACAAUUGCUAACAGGUGUAUUAAAUAAAUUAUAUAAAGGAAAUGAUAUG